AUGUCGAGCCCUGCAAAGAAGCGGAAGCUUAACAAUGCAGUGAAAAGCGACAAAUCACAGUCAAAAGGACUGGAGUAUUUUUUCACGAAGCAAAAACAGACCAAGAAUGGCUCUACUGCUGCUCCAAGGAGCUCUCAUUCUGAGACGGAUGACGCUGCUUUAACGGAUGAGGAGCUCGCGCGUAAGCUGCAGGCCGAAUGGGACAAGGAGUCGGCUCGAGCAGACAAUCAAGAGCCCAAUGCCGUUGAGAUGGCGACGAAUGAGAGCAAUGUUCAAGAUUGCGAUAUUGUCGAAGUCUCAAAGGAGCAACAGACAGAUGCUCCCAAGCAACCAUCUCCCGUGGCCGUCUUUGGCGGAAAGAAAACGCUUGCACUGCAAUCUGCGGGAAUGGAUGAAGAUUCCAUCACAAUUUCUAUACCGCUGGAUGAACCGCCGCUCACAUUUGAGCCAUCAAAAUAUGUCAGUCAGUUGAAAGAGCACUGGUCCAGAGACGGAGGUAAUGCAUCCUACGCUCUGCUCACAAGAUGCUUUGUUCUUGUCAGUGGGACGGCGAGUCGCAUCAAGAUUGUGGACACUCUGGUCAAUUGCUUGCGGAUACUGAUUGAAGGUGACCCUGAGAGCCUUCUACCCGCAGUUUGGCUGGCGACGAACUCCAUCUCGCCAGCAUACAUAUCGAUGGAGCUGGGUCUAGGUGGAUCAGCUAUCUCCAAGGCACUGAAGCAGACAUGUGGUUUAGAUGGCCGAUCACUGAAGACUUUGUAUGACAAGUAUGGCGAUGCGGGUGAUGUCGCCUUUGAAGCAAAGAAGAAGCAAAGUUUCACACUAAGGAAGCCCAAACCGCUGUCUAUCAAAGGCGUGUUUCAAUCCCUCGUCAAAAUUGCUACCACGCAGGGACAAGGCAGCAACGAGAUCAAGCAGCGGAUCGUCGAUCGCCUUCUGCAAGAUGCUCGUGGUGGCGAAGAGAGUCGGUUCAUCGUGCGGACACUUUGCCAACAUCUUCGAAUUGGCGCAGUAAAGACGACUAUGCUAAUCGCUCUGUCGCGAGCCUUUUUGCUCUCAAAACCCACGCAGGCUGAUUACGAAACACGGAAUAUCCCUGCAUUAGCGAAGUUGAAAAAGGAAGAGCUCGCCGAAAUAUGGGCCAAGGCGGAGGAAAUCGUCAAAGCUUGUUUUGCCAAGCGUCCAAAUUACAACGACCUAAUCCCGAAUCUACUAGAGAUUGGUGUGUGCGAAGAGCUUCUAGUCCGAUGCGGCCUGGCCCUUCAUAUCCCACUUCGGCCUAUGCUGGGAAGCAUUACUAGGGACUUGUCGGAAAUGCUCACAAAGUUGCAAGGUCGUGACUUCACCUGCGAGUACAAAUACGAUGGACAGCGAGCGCAGGUACAUUGCGACGAAGGCGGCAAGGUUUCCAUAUUCUCCCGGCAUCUGGAAUUGAUGACGGACAAGUACCCGGACCUGGUGGAACUUGUGCCAAAGAUACGGGGAGACGGUGUUUCGAGCUUCAUCAUGGAGGGGGAGGUUGUUGCUGUGGACAGUGCCAGCGGCGAACUGAAGAACUUCCAGGCGCUCACCAAUAGAGCACGAAAGGACGUUGAGAUUGGGAGUAUCACUGUACAAGUAUGCAUUUUCUCGUUUGAUCUGAUGUACUUGAACGGACAGUCGCUACUGGAACGACCGUUUCGAGAGAGGCGAGAACUGCUGCGAUCUUUAUUCAUCGAGGUGCCUAACCGUUUCACUUGGGUCAAGAGCCUGGAUGCUACGUCGUCCGAAUCAGAGUCGGUGCUGAGCUUCUUUAAGUCUGCAACAGAGAGCAAAUGCGAGGGCAUUAUGGUCAAGAUUUUGGACAAUCUGCCGGAUGUGGCCUAUCUGGGAGACGAAGAUGGCGAGAUCAAAGAGCAAGAGCCCAAACUGCAGAUACCAAAGUCGAAAUCCAAGGCCAAAGGGAAGAAGAAACCAGAAGAUGGAGAGUCAAAUGAGCCUGCCAAGAAGAAAUCGAGGCGCAAGGCAUUACUGGCGACCUAUGAACCUGACAAGCGACUGGACUCCUGGCUCAAGGUCAAGAAGGACUAUAAUUCGAGCUUUGACACCUUGGAUUUGAUCCCUAUUGCAGGAUGGCAUGGCCAAGGUCGCAAGGCCAAGUGGUGGUCGCCGAUUUUACUGGCUGUGAGGAACGAAGAGUCAGGGAUGCUGGAAGCUGUCUGCAAAUGCAUCUCUGGAUUCACCGAUGUAUUUUACAAAGCAAACAAGGCCUUCUAUGACGAUGGUUCGGAAACGGGUGAGCCAAAGAACACGCAUCUGCAGAUGCCCAGCUUCAUUGAAUAUUCUGGGCCGAUGCCGGAUGUCUGGUUUGAGCCGCAGGAAGUGUGGGAGAUGGCAUUUGCCGACAUUACGCUGAGUCCCACAUACACCGCGGCGAUUGGGCUGGUGAGUGACGAGAGAGGACUGAGUCUCCGAUUUCCACGAUUUCUGAAGAAGCGAGACGAUAAAGGCAUAGAGGAGGCGAGCACAAAUGAGUUUCUCGCGGGGCUGUGGCGUAAGCAAGAGGUGUCGGCAAGCACAACGGGGCCGGCUAAGCCUAUGGAAGAAGAUGAAGAGGCCGAAUAG